AUGGCCAUGCACGGUGGGCCAAUGUCGGAUAGUCCAAGGCUGGCAAGGAGUAAGGGUGGUACGUGUGGCGGACCACUUCAGAUUGCCCGCACCAAAAGAUCGAUCGAGCAUGUGAAGAGACGGACACCACACCCGGCAGAGUACAUGCAUGCGAAUUAUGUCCCGAGCCUAGAAUUCCAGAUCCGCGGAUGUGUUUGUUCCAAGAUCUUCCAGGACGCGGCUAGACGGGAUCACCGAUCAUCCGAAGCAACAAGAUCUCGCCUCAAAAUGGGUGAUUGGCUGCAAUUUCAAGGGUGCAGGCGGACGCAGCCUCUUUUUGCAAAAUGCGGUUUGCGUGACGUUGGGCAGGCAGCCACAAAGCUUCGUUAUGCGGGCCUCCACGAUUCUAGACACCAAUGGGACUUGAGAAGUAUGCGGGUACUCUCAGUAGGAGUGGAGAGGAGUGGGGACACCAAAGGACCCGCUUCUAUACUGGGCUUGCGCGCCAUAAAUGUCGUCAUAUUAGUAAUAGACAAGGUACGGUCGCCAGUCUACACAACCGUUUCAUCAGGUGGCCAUGGGGCAGUCAACAAAUACUGCGAUGUGCACCGCUGGAGUAUCAUUGUCGAGAUCGAGAUGCCAUCAUGGCAACAACGAACCAAAACAGGCCACCACAACAUGACUGCCUCUCUGGAUUUGUUCUGCCAACGCGCCACUACUUGUCAUCUUUGGGUCGGUGGCUGGACCGAGAUUUUGAUUGAGCAAGGCGGUAGAGUAGACGGGACCCUGAGAAGACGUCCAGUGGACAUGGGAAUAACGCAUAUAGUACAUACCACACCGUGUGUAGAGCAUGGUGGAGUAGACUCUUGUACUCUACGCUGUCGUCCCGGGCCACAACAGGCAGUCUCUGCCAGAGUCUGGGACGCUGGGGCUGCGCACUGGGCGGUGAAUGAUAAUACGCCGAGAUGGGAAGAAGAUCUUCGCUCCGGCCGCUCCACAAAGACCAAUGAUUGGUGGCCACUGCCCAAAAUAGCUGACAUGCCUUCCUGCCCUCGCGUCAUCCCGGCGGAUUUUGGGUGA